GGGUGUCCAUGCCAUUCAUUCACCCACAUUUUACCAAAUAACAAAUACAAAAAAAAAGGAGUUGGCAUGGCACCAUCAUGACCCUCCUGAGUGCUGAGUGGACUUUGAUCGAGUCAACCCGAUCAUGUUGCAUAUCUUUGGGAGAGCAAUAAAAGGGUUCUGGGGUACAUGACCACCAUCAGCGCAUGGCAAAGGAGAAUCAGCGCGGAUGCAAAAAAAGAAAAAACAGGGGUCAACCUCUUUCUUAUUUUUGUACUCAGAAGCAACAUCAACUCACUCAUAUCGACAUCAUCACGUCCUGCAUGGCUACGCAGCUUUUUUUAUAUAUAUUUUUACCCCUGUCUUGCCAUCCGUUGUUCCAUUCACCUUGGUGUCCAAGCUACUUAGCCCCUGGAUCGCUAAUACAGAAAGCCCGAAGAAGCAAGCAAUGACGAUACCCGCAGAUCAUCCAUUAUCGUGUGCCCCUUCCCAUGUUCAUUUCUUGUUGCCUGUGUCCUUGCCAUUUUCUCAUCAGUCCGGAAAAAGAGGCUGGCCAUGGACUAUCGCAGAAUAGUAGACCAAGAAGCAGGUACGCCACAUGGCUUCAUAAAACAGCAAUUCCUGCAUGAUGACGAGGAGGGACUUUUCCUGGAGGGCUGAACUUCCUGCUAUUUCUCUUACGGCUGCUUUGCACUGCUGCUAUCCCUCAAUCACGCUCUCUCACUCCUAUGAUGACCAGGUCAUCCCAACGUCUUGGGCCUACUUCAGCCCAAGCAGCUGUAUAUCUGCAAUCAAAGAUAGUUUGAAU